AUGGACAAAGAAAUAAGAGAAUUCCUGGGCGAAAAUAUUUGUAAAACUCUUAAUUCCAAUAAUCCAUGUAUAUUAGAACAUCAUUUUGAAUCUCUUAACGAAGAUCUUCAAGUUGAAUGUGCCUCAGCUUUUCGCAAAGAGUUUAAAAAAUUCAUGUAUAAUAGUGGAUCAACAUGGAACGUUAAAGAUUCAGAAUCAAUGUUUCGGUUGUUUUCUCAAUUAUUUAUCUCAGAAUCGGAUAUUGUAGAAAUAUUAGAUCUUCUUUCCAAAUCGACAAAUCUAUAUUUGCUACAAUCGUUUCCUAAGUGGUUAAAAUCCACGUUAGAAUUAAAAGAUAACAUACAAUUAUCGAACAACAAUAUCUCAUCAACCAAUAUUUCAUCAAUCUGUGAUGCCUGGUACUCAUCUAUAAUUGCUGUUACAAUUCAAGAGGGGCAAAACAAUAUUGUUAUUAUCAUAUAUAAACAACUUUCGGCCCUUUCAUUCAUUUUCGAAAAAAGAUUCGAUAUUUAUAAACGAUUGUUAAGUAUUAUUGAAAAGAGAAUCUCCAAUAUUCCAAUAGAAUGGUUUCUUCAAUCAGCAUCAUUUGUAGGCAAUCUUGAGCCCUAUAUUAUUAAAGAUUUCACCAAGGUCUUUAAUGAAAAAUUGAAUCCGCUUAUUGGUGCCACUGACGAUAAAUUAAUUUCAAUUAUCGCUCAGAUAUGCGAUUCAUCAGACCCACCAUUGAUUAUACCUAAUCA